AUGUAAUAACUUAUUUUUCUGUUAGCUACAAUCUACUAAAUAUUAAGAACUACAUAGGCAGGUACAAUUACUCCAACAACGCAACCACCUCCGAUUUAUAAUACAUUGGCUAAUGCGGGAGUUAGAGCUGACUACACUUUUUCUUUCAUUCCACAAACAUUUUUACCUGCAGGAGGAAACUUAUAAAUUAUAUUUCCUUCUCAAUAUAGUGCUACAUAGGCUUUUUAGAUAAAUAAUUUAGUGUGCAGUGUUACUUGUUAAGCUAGCGGAUUAACUCUAACUUUCACAUUUCCUUAUGAUCUUGCAGCAGGAAUAGCCCAAACUGUUACUGUUUAGCAAGUUUUAAAUCCUUCCACUAAAGGUGGAGUAGGAAGUUUUAUACUCCAAACAUUAUAAGGAUAGAAUAUCGUAGAUUAGAAUAAAAUUUUUGGAAUUAUUGGAAUAGCUGAUAUCUCAACAAAUCUAAUUUCUGCUAACAUUUAGGUUAAUCCUUCAGGUAGUGAUCUAGCUGGAGACUACACUUCAUAUUAGCUCACCUUUUAAACAGCUAGUAACAUACCUGCAGGAAGUUAUUUUAUCCUAUAGAUCCCAACAGAUUUUACCUUAGAAGACUAUCCUACAUGCAUAUCACCAAGUUUAAAUGGUUACUUUAUAGCUGGUCAGCUUAUAUGCACUUUAUAAAGUAAUAAUUAGGUUAGAAUAGAUGGAGUAGUAGGAGUUCUCACCUAAGGUAUCAAUUAUGUCUUAUAAAUUUCAAUGCAAAAUCCUCCAUACACUAUUAAUCCUAACACAGCUAGUAGUAACUAUGUCUUCUCUUUCUAAAUUUACAAACAAGGAACUCAAAUAUUAUUUGAAAGUAUCUCUGGCAUUUAGGGUCCUGCAAUCAAUGCUGCUGGAUUAAAUAAUAUCUCUUUAACUCCUACAGAUUAAUUAAACUUAAAUAACAGAUAUAUCUAUGCCGAAUACAAGCUAAACUUUACACCAACUCUGGCGCUUGAAAAUGGAAAUUGUAUAGUAAUAUCAUUCCCUGCUUAUUUUUAGGUAUUAGUAAGUUAGUAAUUAAUGUACUUGUAGGAAAAUAUGUAUUAAUUGCAUUAUAUAAAUUAUGGACUUGAUAAUUUAUCAGAAAAUAAUAAAGUUUAAAUCUCAGUCAGUUCAAAUUCUAUUAUCAUUUCGAACUUUGCUACACAGCAGUUCAUUUAAGAAAUAUCAGUUAUUAUCAUGACAAGAAACCCAGAUGCAGCUGGAACAGCUACUCCAUUGAAGAUAUACAUAUACCAAGAUACUACCUAGUCUACUUUAAUAGCAUAAGAUGUGAAUUCUGCUACUGCUAAUAUAGAUCCUUAUACAUCAUGUGACCAUUCAACUGAUUAGAUUUUAGCAAGUAUCAACUACUAUCUAUGGAAUAAUGCUUGGCCUAAGGCAACUUAAACUCCAGUUGUAAUUCCUUCAAUUUAAUUUGAGUUUAAACCUUUGAAAACUAUUCCUAUUGGAGGGUUAAUCAAAAUAGCAAUUCCUAAAGAAUUCACCUUUAAUCCUGCAUUUCCUACAACUGCGACUGACUGUGGUAUUUAUUAUGGAUAUUCUUAGUUUACCAUGACUGCAGGAAAUACCCCUUAAUUUAAUAACAUAUAUCCUUCAUAAAGAUAAAGAUCUACUCUCUUUUAAACUUAUCAGCCUGUUGGAACUGCUGGUUCUAAUUCUUUUGCAUGCUAAACUUCAAUUACAGGAAAUAUAAUGACAAUAUCUGGCAUUCAGAAUACACUUUUUGGGAACCAGGGACUCAUUCAUAUAUUGGUAUUAAAAAAUUGGGUUAUGACUCCAGCAAGAAAUGCAACUUACUUUUUUGCCUUAACGUCUUAUGACAGUGACAAAUAUACAAUCUUAGAGUCAUGGAAAGAUGCAUUUUAAAUAAACCCAAAAGAUCUUACAACAACUCCAGUAGUCAAUCUGAUAAAUAAUUACGUUUCUAGUGUAGCUACUAUCUCAAAAUCUAUAUUAGAUAUUUAAUUAACAACAGACAUAACUAUCCCUAGUGGCUAACCAAUAUAUAAAUCAACUGAUACUUAAGGAUUUAUUUAAUUAGAUUUUAGGUAAUUAUCAGGUGGUGAUGCAUGGUAGCUUGGACUUGGUCUUAAUGUACCCAGUGGGACAUAAAUACCAUGUAGAGGUAUUUAAGGAAUCAUACCCAUUUAAGGAUCAUCAAUUAUUUGUACUUAUGUAUAGGCAUCAUACACUGCUUUAACCACUACUACAUUUUCUUAGAUCUUCAUAAAAAAUUUUGUACAAAUUCCAGCAAACACUUUAGUUAGAAUUCAUAUUCCUAACCUUCUUAAUCCUUAAGGAGGUGGAACUACUUCUGAUUUAUCAAUAAGACUUGUUUCAAACACAAAUAAUGUUUAUUAAUAUUUAGCUUAAAAAUCGAUUUUAAUUACAGAUAAACCUAUUGGUACUUUUGUUGUUUAAAAUGUAUUGAAUCUCAGCUAUUCAACUAAUUAUGUGGGAUAAACAUUCAAUUUAGGUUUUAAUACAAAAACCUCACCCUCUGCAGGAGAUUUACUCCUUAUUUAGCUACCAACGUUCUCAAACGGUUUCAUAGUUCAAGACUAAACUAUCUCAUGCUCAGUAAACUCUAUCAAUAUGUAUUGCAUUCCAUACUAUUAAGCUGAUAUGAUCUUAAUUAUGAUUUCUUAAAAUUUUGCAUCACCAUAAUAAUCAAUUUUGAUAUCAAAUAUAAACUGGCCUCAAUAUCAAAGUAACUUCGUUGCAACUUUUUCAACUCUCGAUGUAUAUUGGACAUCUUCGACAGGAGUUACAAAUAAGGCUGAAAGAAAUAACUAAUUAAUUAACAACCUUCCAAACUAAUUUUCUAAUGCAUCGAUUGUUAUCCCUAAAAAAGGAAUUCAAUAUGUAGAUUGCUCUUACCAGUUUAGUUUCACUGGUAAUGCUGAUAUUCCAGCCUUGAGCUUGAUAUAAGUUAUAUUCCCCAAUAAUUACAACCUGUUAGGAUCUACCCCACUGCCAACAGUGACAUACUCAGGGUUGACUAGCUAUAGUUCUUCACAACAACUAUCUAUUUAAAUAACAAUUUAAAUGAUUACAAUUUCAAAUAAUUAAUAUCUGCCAGCAGGUUCUACAUUUACAGUAACAGUUUCAGGAGUUAAGAAUCCUUCAACUAUGCCUGCUAAUGGUCUAUCUACUGGAUGGGGAAUUCAAGUAGUAUAGUACGAUGCUGUAAAUGAUAUCAGUAAUUUAGUUAUGCAAUAACUAAACUUUUACAGCUUCGCUUUUGAUCCAGUUUUCACACCUGGGACAAUUGUUUUCAAUUCAAUUACAGCUUUUCCACUCAAUGCUGACGAAACUGCAACUUAUACUAUUCAGUUCACUCCAUAUACUAACAUACCUAUUUAGGGUGUCAUCUAAAUUACUUUUCCUUAAAAUAAUUUUAAAUCUCUCCCCUCUCCUCCAAACUGUAGUAUGGGAGGAGCAGUUACAACUUUUAGUAGUUGUACUCUUAGUGGCUCUACUUUCUCAAUUGUGAUUUAAGAUUAGUAUAAUUCUGGUAGUGGAAGUAUCACUUUAUCCAUAACUAAUAUAAAAAACCCAGAUUAAGGUACUUCAGAUGGCUUCAUAAUAGAAACAACUUACGACGGUCAGACUUUAGAUAUUACAGAUUAAACCACUUUGAGUAGUAGAACAAUAACUACAGUCUAAAGAGCUCCUGAAAUUACUGUAAACUCUAUUACCUUUAGUCCAUAAAAUAUAAGCGAAAGAAGUACAUACACCUUCUCAUUUAUUACAAGUGAUAUCAUCACUUCUUAAAUGUAAAUUCUAUUCUAGUUCCCAUCAGACUAUGAUAAGCUAUUAGGAAAAAACGUUAAGUGUAUUAUAGUCUCUGGUAUAUUAGGUAAUUUUUAUAGUUGUUAUGUGUAAAAUGGCGGAGUUUAUUUAUAGAAUUUUGAUUCUUAUCAACCAAGUAGCUCAAAUCCUAUAGUUGUUCAGAUAUUUGGUGUAACAAACCCUAAUAUAGCUUAUACUAAUACUGGUUAGUUCUCGAUAUCAUUGCUAUAUAAAGGGGAUAACAAAUUCAUCAAUUCAUAAUCUUAGGCAGGAUAAUUAUAAAUGUACGGAAAUCCAGGAUGGUUAUCUGUUUAGACUGUAACAGCUAGUUAAUUUAAUGUGAGGUACACUGCUAGUUAUUAAUUUUCUUUUACUCUAAGUAAGAAUGUUCCAAAGAUUUUAUCAUAAGGAGCAAUAUUUAUAGAUUUUCCUCCUUAAUUUGAUUAAGUCUCAGACGGAAGAGGCUCUUGUACAACUACAACAGCUUCUUUCGCUUAGGUUAUAGAUUGUUACACCAUUCAAAAUCGUUACAAUGUAACAGGUAAUACUCAAGAUUUCUCUGGUUAGCUUUAGGUAUCAAUAGCGUCGGUUCUAAAUCCUACUUUCUAAGGAAUUACUGAUAACUUUUAUGUAAGUUCAUUUGAUGGCAUAAACCAAAUUAUUAUUGAUAGAAGCUACAUAAAUUUAGAUCCAUUUUCAUUUAGCUACGUUUAUCCUGGUCCACUGAUUCACGUAAAUAAUGAUUAAGGCAUCUCACUCUACCCUGGUACAUAAACUGUUGAUCUAUAUAUUACACUAGAUUUCCCUUCAUUACUUGAGUUAAGUGUAAAGCCAAAUAUCUUACCAGGUUUCAAAGUAAUCCCAUUCGACAUUCCUAUUCAUCUAGGUUAGACAUCCAUCCCUUUCAGAAUAUCCUGCCCAUAAUAAAUAUUUUCUGGUUCUUAUACACUCUAAUGGGUAACACUAGGAGAUAAUGUGCCUCCCAUCUACACACCAAUAUAAACUUCUUAAAUUACUAUCCUCAAUCCUACAAUUUAAACUGUGCUCAUGAACUCUAUCUUAGAUAUUCCUUAUGGAGGAACUUCUUUAGACACAAUACUUUCUGUGACUUAUGCAUCUGAUAUUUAUUUUGAAGUCCAUAUGAAUUUAGCCUCUUAGUAUCCAGGAAUUUCAUUAAGUACUUAAAUGCUAAAUUUCACCAAAGGAAUAAACUAGCUCAGUUUUAGAGUUAUUUCUACUCCUACAAAUAAUACUAGUUCAUCUGUUUCAAGAGGUUCUAUAGUUUUCUCAUUAUUGGGAAUAGAUUCAACUAUAUUUUAACUACAAUAUACUUAAAUGUACUUCAAUUUAAUAGCGGCUGAUAACAUAGCACCUCAAAUUAUUUAGCUUCAGACAGUUAAUAUAUUAAAAAAUAGUGUUUAAAUUAACGUUAUGACUAAUGAACCAACUGUAGUUUACUAUAUGUGUAGUUUAAAUGGAACAUCAUAUCCAAGCUUCUCUUAAGUUUUUAAUAAAACUGCUCCUCCUGCCAAUACUACUUAAAGCUAAUAUGGAUAAUUAGUCUUAAAUUAAGCUAAUGCAAACUUUUACUUUAACAUAACAAACCUCACUGCCCAAACUCCUUAUAUCAUCCAUCUAUUUUUCUAAGAUAGAGGAAAUAAUGUUGCAAAUAAGACUCUAACUUUUGUCACAAGCAAUCGAUAUAAUGCCGCAACAUUUAGUCUGAGAUUCUAAGUCCUUUAACUAUCAGCUACUGAAAUCAAGAGCGUGCUUAUUAAUUUAUCGAAUAUUUUAACUAUUGAUUUGAAUACCUUGUACAUCUAGAAAUAUUAUUUUAAUAAUACCUCCUCAAGUACUAGCUCAAGUAGAAUUCUGUAAAGCACACAAUUAGCUGAUUAAAUAAACCAAAUUUAAGAAACUACAGAUAAUCAAGGUAAUUAAAAAAGAUAAAAGGCUAAUAGAAUAUUAGAUGUUUCGACUUCAAUUUAUACUUUACUGAACAUCUAAAUAUCUUCAAAUAGACUCGUAGAGUAUUAUCCUUCGCCAUUAACUUUAGCUAAUUCUUUGAACAAUAAAACUGUAUUGCUGAAAGCUGCAAUGCCCACUUAUGAUAGCUCGUAUUUAGUAAUCCCAAACACAUUUGUAUCCUACUAUCCUAAUUUUAUUUAGCCUCCUUAAUUUUUGUCUAAUGACUGGUCUACUGCUAAUUUCACAGUCGUCUUAGACUAACCAGGAUUUGUUUAUGUGACUGGAGAGUUAUAUGUCUCAAAUACCUAGCCCUCUCCUUAUCCUGAUUAAAUUUAUUGGGGUUAUGACCAUACAAACAUUAAAGCACCUAGCGGAUAUGUAGAAGUAAGCUAAGGAUAUACUUAAUUUAACUUAACUCUACGUAACCUUAAACCAAAUUCAAAGUAUUUUGCUUACAUAAUUGGAGGAAGUGUCCAGCCUGGAUACCCAGAUUUAAUGGACGCAUCCAAAAUAGUAAGAAUUUAAUUUACAACACUUCCUUCACCUUCAGAUUUAGAACUAGAUAUAAAUACUGGAACCAAAUUAGAAUUUAGCACUAAAUUUCUAGUGCUACUAUUUUUAAUUAUUUAAGUAUUCAUAUGA